AUGGAGGUAAACGGAGAUUUUUUUCACAGAGGCGCAGACCAAUGGCUACACAAACUCCAAGCUUCCUUCAACGGCGGACAAAACCAAUUCCAGAGAAGGACUGGGGAUCCAGUUACCAAUAUAACCAAUCUUUUCGAUAGUCCUCCCUCACCUGCAUCCUUGGAUACGUCCACAAUAGCUUCGAUGACUGUCAUUCCUCCUAUCGCACCUUCAAAUGCACCCUCCGACUCACCAAGCAUUGGCACUACUGUGCUCAGCAUCGCUGUUGGUUGCGUCGCCGUCUUCAUUGUUGUACCAGCUCUAGCCGUCCUUGCGUUCCUAUAUAUUCGACGUUGGAGAAGAAAUCACGGCGGGGAGAGCACAUACAAGUCUAUUGACGAUGAUGAACAAGAUGAGUACGGGCACUUCUCGAGGAGCACUCGUCACUAUCACGACGAGAUUCAACUCAAGGACUACGAGAAUGAGAGCAAGCCGUCUUUUGAGGAAGCAGGGCCGUUGGCAGUGCCCAUGAGUGCUGUGCAUGUAAUGCCUAGAGUGUCGAGGCAACUCUCAUCAGAGAGUAAACCCAAGGCGUUGGGCUCUACGACGAUCCGAUCUACUAUGGGAUCAGACGGUUGA